AUGGAGAGUGCAGGUAUGAAUGUGUUGCUGUUCUAGCACUGUACAUAUUUUGUAGCAAAUUUUUCAUAGAGGUUUAUUUGUCCAUGCAUUGUGUGAAAAAGAGCACCAACACAUUUGGGCAAUGUUUCUUUUCGUAAUGCCAAGGGUGACAAACAUCCGAAUAUACACUAUAUAUACAAAAGUAUGUCGACACCCCUUCAAAUUAGUGGAUUUGGCUAUUUCAGCCACACCCGUUGCUGACAGGUGUAUAAAAUCAAGCACACAGCCAUGCAAUCUCCAUAGACAAACAUUGGCAGUAGAAUGGCCUUACUGAAAAGCUCAGUGACUUUCAAUGUGGCACCGUCAUAGGAUGCCACCUUUCCAACAAGUCAGUUCGUCCCCAAAAAAUUAUUCACAAAGUGAGGUCCAUAUAGAAAUGGUUUGUCGAGAUCGGUGUGGAAGAACUUGACUGGCCUGCACAGAGCCAUGACCUCAACCCCAUCGAACACCUUUGGGAUGAAUUGGAACGCCGACUGCGAGCGAGGCCUAAUUGCCCAACAUCAGUGCCCGACCUCACUAAUGCUCUUGUGGCUGAAUGAAGAGUGGAGGCUGUUAUAUCAGCAAAGGGAGGACCAACUCCAUAUUAAUGCCCAUGAUUUUGGAAUGAGAUGAUCGACGAGCAGGUGUGCACAUACUUUUGGUCAUGUAGUGAAUAAUUCCAAGCUCCUGCCAAGCAUGGUUGCCUUACUCUGUCUCCUCACCUUGAAAGGACUUGGGAAUAAUGUCUCAGACAAUUUUUUCAUUGCAUCGGGAAUCCUAUUUUGCUUUACUCCCUCUUUCUCUUCUACGCCUUUUCUUCCCUCUCUAUUUCCCUAUGACUCUCAAGCCAAAAUGGAGAUGAAUUCAACGUCUUUACCUUUAGAGGAAAUUAUUAAAGUAUGCCUUUCUGUGGAUCUUUUAUUGAGGUGUGCAAUGUUUUAUUAGAUGGAUAGAGGUAUCUUCCCUCAAUCAGGAUUUUGCUUGGCCUGAUGUGGCUUUGUCAAAACUCUGCAGGUUUCAUAAUAAAAGCCUCUAGUAUUUUACACAAACUCCAGAAAUGGCAAUUAGAGGGACUGCAGACACUCCUUGCCAAGAGAUGGACCUGUGAACUCUAUUUUUUUUCCUUCAGGUAAUGGCCCUUUCCCGGCGGUUUUUGGUACUCUCUGCCAUGGGCUGUGAAUGUAAUACAUGUUAAGUGGUCUUUUGUGUGACACAGAUGGACUGAUUUAUUUUUCUCGUUUGGCAGUCAUAAGACAGUGGAAGAGGAUUAGAGGCUACACAGCAAGACUGUGCAGAAAGCUGAAUUUCAAGUAAACCAUUUUUCCAUCUGCCUUUUCUCUUGGUUCGGUUGCGAUUAUAUGAUUUAAGCCGACCCCAGACACACUGUGACAUGCAGUGUGGGAAAAAAGUAUUUGAUCCCCUGCUGAUUUUGUAUGUUUGCCCACUGACAAAGAAAUUAUCAGUCUAUAAUUUUAAUGGUAGGUUUAUUUGAACAGUGAGAGACAGAAUAACAACCAGAAAUCCAGAAAAAAGCAUGUAAAAAUUUUUUAUAAAUUGAUUUGCAUUUUAAUGAGGGAAAUAAGGAUUUGAACCCCUCUCAAUCAGAAAGAUUUCUGGCUCCCAGGUGUCUUUUAUACAGGUAACAAGCUGAGAUUAGGAGCACACUCUUAAAGGGAGUGCUCCUAAUCUCAGCUUGUUUACCUGUAUUAAAGACACCUGUCCACAGAAGCAAUCAAUCAGAUUCCAAACACUCCACCAUGGCCAAGACCAAAGAGCUCUCCAAGGAUGUCAGGGACAAGAUUGUAGACCUACACAAGGCUGGAAUGGGCUACAAGACCAUCGCCAAGCAGCUUGGUGAGAAGGUGACAACAGUUGGUGUGAUUAUUCGCAAAUGGAAGAAACACAAAAUAACUGUCAAUCUCCCUGGGCCUGGGGCUCCAUGCAAGAUCUCACCUCGUGGAGUUGGAAUGAUCAUGAGAACGGUGAGGAAUCAGCCCAGAACUACACGGGAGGAUCUUGUCAAUGAUCUCAAGGCAGCUGGGACCAUAGUCACCAAGAAAACAAUUGGUAACACACUACGGCGUGAAGGACUGAAAUCCUGCAGCGCCCGCAAGGUCCCCCUGCUCAAGAAAGCACAUAUACAGGCCCGUCUGAAGUUUGCCAAUGAAAAUCUGAAUGAUUCAGAGGAGAACUGGAUGAAAGUGUUGUGGUCAGAUGAGACCAAAAUCGAGCUCUUUGGCAUCAACUCAACUCGCCGUGUUUGGAGGAGGAGGAAUGCUGCCUAUGACCCCGAGAACACCAUCACCACCGUCAAACAUGGAGGUGGAAACAUUAUGCUUUGGGGGUGUUUUUCUGCUAAGGGGACAGGACAACUUCACCGCAUCAAAGGGACGAUGGACAGGGCCAUGUACUGUCAAAUCUUGGGUGAGAGCCUCCUUCCCUCAGCCAGGGCAUUGAAAAUGGGUUGUGGAUGGGUAUUCCAGCAUGACAAUGACCCAAAACACAUGGCCAAGGCAACAAAGGAGUGGCUCAAGAAGAAGCACCUUAAGGUCCUUUAGUGGCCUAGCCAGUCUCCAGACCUUAAUCCCAUAGAAAAUCUGUGGAGGGAGCUGAAGGUUCGAGUUGCCAAACGUCAGCCUCAAAACCUUAAUGACUUGGAGAAGAUCUGCAAAGAGGAGUGGGACAAAAUCCCUCCUGAGAUGUGUGCAAACCUGGUGGCCAACUACAAGAAACGUCUGACCUCUGUGAUUGCCAACAAGGGUUUUGCCACUAAGUACUAAGUCAUGUUUUGCAGAGGGGUCAAAUACUUAUUUCCCUCAUUAAAAUGCAAAUCAUUUAAUAACAUUUUUGACAUGCGUUUUUCUGGAUUAUUUUGUUGUUAUUCUGUCUCUCACUUUUCAAAUAAACCUACCAUUAAAAUUAUAGACUGAUCAUGUCUUUGUCAGUGGGCAAACAUACAAAAUCAGCAGGGGAUCAAAUACUUAAUUCCCUCACUGUAUCCCAUCUAGCAAAGGAAAACACACCAUAUAGGGAACAAAAAGGAUGACACUGAAUCCUAUACUCCAUGUUUGUAAAAAUAUAUAUCGUACAGUAAAAUGACAAACACACCAUUCAACAGUCCAUUUUAGGCGAGUAAAGUCAUACCGUAUAAAAAUAAAACCUCGACAGCUGUAAUGGAAACAGGUAGUUUCGGUACAAUUGUAUAUAUGCCAAAAGAAAACUUGUUUGUUCAACAUGGUGGGAUCUUUUUGUUUCGGUAACAUUAAUUAUGCGAGAAAUUGUGGUGGAAAUGCCUUUAUGCGCAACUAUUAAUAUAAUAACCAUCAUAUCGUAUUAAACUUGGAGUCACGCGAUGAUAUGGUGUGCUUCAAGUUCCUUGGUGUCCACAUCACCAACGAACUAUCAUGGACCAAACACACCAAGACAGUCGUGAAGAGGGCACGACAAAGCCUAUUCCCCCUCAGGAGACUGAAAAGAUUUGGCAUGGGUCCUCAGAUCCUCAAAAUUCUACAGCUGCACCAUCGAGAGCAUCCUGACUGGUUGCAUCACCGCCUGGUAUGGCAACUGCUUGGCCUCCGACCGCAAGGCACAGAGGGUAGUGCGUACGGCCCAGUACAUCACUGGGGCCAAGCUUCCUGCCAUCCAGGACCUCUAUACCAGGCGGUGUCAGAGGAAGGCCCUCAAAAUUGUCAAAGACUCCUGCCACCCUGGUCAUAGACUGUUCUCUCUGCUACCGCACGGCAAGCGGUACCGGAGUGCCAAGUCUAGGUCCAAAAUACUUCUCAACAGCUUCUACUCCCAAGCCAUAAGACUCCUGAACAGCUAAUCAUGGCUACCCGGACUAUUUGCACUACCCCACCACCCCAUCCUUUUACGCUGCUGCUACUCUGUUAAUUAUUUAUGCAUAGUCACUUUAACUCUACCCACAUGUACAUAUUACUUCAACUACCUCAACUAGCCGGUACCCCCCUGUAUAUAUAGCCUCCCUACUGUUGUUUUAUUUUUAAAAAUAAUGCACUGUUGGUUAAGGGCUGUGUUACGCACGCCUCGGAAGAGGGAACGCAACACCCUGCUACAACUCAACUCUCCGUGGUGUGAAAGAGGUAUGGGACUGUAGGUGUGAGUAAGGAUGACAAAAGGCAAAGAAUACCGUUAACAGGGAAUUUAUUCCUUCGCACGGUAAGUUUGGGGAAAAGGGGCUGGACGGAACCAAAGCAAAGAAAGUAAAUAUCAAAGCCCCCUCUCCUACCUUACCUGCCUACCCACUACUUACUGAACUAGCACCACCUGGUGCACUAACCAAAAUACAAGGGAUGGUCCGCCCAGGUCUGUCCUAGUGUGCAUAGACAGUCCACUUCUACGGGUAAUGUAUGCCCGCGGGCCUCUUGCCUAAGCACUCCCUAGGUGCCUUCCCCUUCCCCCCUUGGGAACAAAUGAAACAAAAAUAGCACAAACUGGUUCACAACAAAAACCUGAGAAAAACUAACUCAGGACAUUAAAGAAACUCUGAGCCACAAACUAACACAAAACAUUACAAUUGGUUAUCAGAGCAACAACAACACAGUACAUACCAAAACUCUUAGCAUACAACCAACAUGCUGUAACUCUCAGCAAUUCUGGUUCCCCUUUCUCUUCUUCUGAGCAACAGAACUGGGGCUUAUAUAGCUUCAGAAGGAGUUGGUAAUUGGAGACAGCUGCGUCCUGACGAGGGCGCAGGGUCAGCUCUCCAAUCAUCAAUGUUUUGACCAAUCAGCUGCUUGUUGGGGAAUUUCAGGAACCCAUUUCCUGAAAUACAUACAUGAAAAUACACAACCUACAACACAGAAACUGGGGAACGUAACAGGCUGUAAGUAAGCAUUUCACUGUAAUGUCUGCACUUGUUGUAUUCGGUGCAUGUGGCCAAUAAAAUAUUAUUUUAUUUUAUUUUAUUUGGUCCUCCCACUAUGACACAGGAAACCAUACAGUUUAUUAGGCUACAGAUUAAAUAAAUUAUGAUGAACUUCACAGGGUGGUGAAAGUGCAUUUUGAUCUUGAUGCUCCUUUUCAAUAAAUAUUGAGUGUAUUAUUCUUGGGCGACAUGAUUAUUGAUGCUUGACUGCCGUUGGACAAAUAAAAUUAAUCUCACUCUUAUCCAUAAUAAUUUCAUCAUGUAGACCACCCUACCCGCACUGUAUCUGCGAGCUGUUGGCUAGAGUGCACGUGCCAAGACCAGAGUAGGCACAUUUUCUAUUUAAGGCAACAGUUUUUGUGACAAAACUAUCGGUAGAGUUGAAAAUGCUAUGGUAACACAUUUAACCUUUGAUUUAUAUUCAGUACAGGAAAACGUAAGCGAAAAAGUAAAUUUUGUGUGCACUACAUCAUCACCCAGUGACUUUUAUCCGCAACAAAUCAUUUUGGUGGAAACACACCACUGCUGAAAACAUUUGCAUAUUUUCUUUAUGCUGAUUUUUGAAUAUUCGUAUGAAGAUCUGUCGCCAAUUAGAUGGAAACCUAGUUAGUGAUUCAAACAUGGAUCAUUCAAUUGAGACUGCCUCUCUCUCUGAUCUGUUUACCUUAGCUUAUUCGUUCACAAAGCACAGUUCUAACCUAAUGUUAGACCAGAGAGCAACAUAAACACAAGGUGGACACGCAAACCAUCUGUAUCACUCCUUGAGCCUUCAGAUAUCCAUCAUUGUACCAUAGCCGCAAGAUUAGUGAGUACUUGUGUUCGCCUCACCUUGAAAAAUGUUCCAUGACAAAUGCUUUCUUCAUGAUUUCACCUCUGAGAGGAUAUGUUAUUGCUGCUUUAGCCCACUAUCUUAUCUGAGCAGUGAUUUGCUUUAUCUGCACUGUCACUGUAUGUUUCUACCCCAAUAAGUGCCCCUAGAUACAGCUUGUUCCUUGAUCUUAGACAACAGUAUGUACACCAUAUGUCUGGAGUGAGCUGAUGUUGGACAUCUUCAUACACCAGUCUGUACUGUUCACUUAACUGGGGACCACUCUCUUUUUCAUUGACUGUGUUGGGUUCCCUCUUCACAGUGAGCAUGUACAGAAAGUAUUCACACCCCUUUACUUUUUCCACUUUUUGUUGUGUUACAGCCUGAAUUUAACAUUAAUUACAUUGAGAUUUUGUGUCACUGGCCUACACACAAUAACCCAUAAUGUCAAAGUGGAAUUAUGUUUUUCAAAAGUUUUCCAAAUUAAUGAAUAAUGAAAAGCUGAAAUGUCUUGAGUCAAUAAGUAUUCAACCCCUUUGUUAUGGCAAGCCUAAAUAAGUUCAGGAGUAAGAAUGUGCUUAACAAGUCACAUAAUAACUUGCAUGGACUAACUCUAUGUGCAAUAAUAGUGUUUAACAUUAUUUUUGAAUGACUACCUCAUCUCUGUACCCCACACAUACAAUUAUCUGUAAGGUCCCUCAGUCGAGCAGUGAAUUUCAAACACAGGUUCAACCACAAAGACCAGGGAGGUUUUCCAAUGCCUUGUAAAGAAGGGCAGACAUUGAAUAUCCCUUUUAGCAUGGUGAAGUUAUUAAUUACACUUUGGAUGGUGUUUCAAUACACCCAGUCACUACAAUGAUACAGGCGUCUAUCCUAACUCAGUUGCCAGAAAGGAAAGAAACCGCUCAGGGAUUUCACUAUGGGGACAAUGGUGUCUUUAAAACAAUUACAGAGUUUAAUGGCUGUGAUAGGAGAAAACUAAGGAUGGAUCAACAACAUUGUACUCUACUAACCUAAUGACAGCAUGAAAAGAAGGAAGCCUGUACAGAAUAACAAUAUUUCAAAACAUGCAUCCUGUUUGCAACAAGGCACUAAAGUAAUACUGCAAAGAAUGUGGCAAAGCAAGGGGUAUGUUUGGGGCAAAUCCAAUUCAACACAUUACUGAGUACCACUCUCCAUAUUUCAAGCAUAAUGGUGGCUGCAUCAUAUUAUCGGUUUGCUUGUAAUCGUUAAGGACUGGGGAGUUUUUCAGGAUAAAAAUAAACCCAGAAUGGAGCUAAGCAUAGGCAGAAUCCUAGAGGAAAACCUGGUUCAGUCUGCUUUCCACCAAUAACCUAAAACAUAAGGCCAAAUCUAGACUUGAGUUGAUUACCAAGAAGACAGUGAAUGCUCCUGAGUGGCCGAAUUACAGUUUCAACAACCAAUUUGAAAAAGCUUGAAGAAUUUUGAAAAGAAAAUUGGGCAAAUGUUGCACAAUCCAUGUGUGGAAAGCUCUUAGAGACUUACCCAGAAAGACUCACAGCUGUAAUCGCUGCCAAAGGUGAUUCUAACAUGUAUUGACUCAGGGGGCUGAAUACUUAUCUAAUCAAGAUAUUUUUUAUAUAUAUUUUUUUUAUAGAUAUAUUUAUUUUUACAAAUGUUCUGAUUUUUCUUCCACUUUGACAUUACAGAGUAUUUUGUAUAGAUCGUUGAAAAAAAAAGACAAAUUAAAUCCAUUUUAAUCCAACUUUGUAACGCAACAAAAUACUUUCUGAAGGCAAUGUAGAUGCAUAUAUGGUAAGGUCCAUCAUUAUUGGCAGCCUUGAUAAAGAUGAGCAAAAAAGACUGUAUAAAAUAUAUACAAAUACUGAACAAUUUUCAAGCCUAGUCUUUUUGAUUCUCACCCCAUCCCAGCCCAGCCCAGCCCAGCUAAAUGUCUUGUAGAUUGCUGUUGCUUCCAGGAGAUAGCCUUGAUGUAGAAACAAAAAUAAAAAAAUAAAAAACUUUGAAUGGAAUGGAAAAAGUCAAUUAAAAGACUGUCAGACUGCAGGUCUCAAUGUUUGGAUGUGCAUUUUGCAGGACAGAAAGGUUCUGAGCUAGAGAUCGCAUUUUGAUACGUUGUGUAAUAUAAUAAUAUGUGCCAUUUAGCAGACACUUUUAUUCAAAGCGACUUACAGUGAUGCGCGCAUCCAUUUUAUGUGUCUGCUGAAUUGGUCUAUUUUCUCAUAACAACCUAGAUUGACUCUGUAUAUCUGCAUAGUUCUAUAGGAGAUGGUGAGCAACAUAAAGCGCUGUAACAAAGAGAAAGUAGCAAAUUGAAAAGGAGCCAUAAGAGGAAAUAUAGUAUGUCUCAGGGCUAUAGGGGAAAGCGCUCCCAAGGUGAUUUCCCAGGUAAUGGACCUUUUAGCAUGAAAAUCAGAGAGAUGGGGAAUAGGGACUGCCAUUAAACGGCUUCACUGUUGCUCCUUUGGGAUGCAUGGACUUAAUCAGUUAUAUUUCACAGAUGCCAUCUUUUAUAUAUGGGUACACAUUAAUCUGCAGUGUUACAAAACCCUAAUUGGACAGAACUAUGUGGGAUAGGCCCAGAAUGAAACAGCAGAGAAGAAUGAUGAUUCUCCCUUUAAUUGAACCGGGCCUUGCUGCUUGCACAACAAUGCCUCUGAUAAUGUUGAAAGAAGUUACUAAACUGGUAAUAAGCUUCUGUGUUUAUUUCAAUACUACUGCAAUCUCGGCACCCAGAACCAUAUCUUGCAUUCAUAUAGCAUAUAUAACACCUUGAAUAGGUUAUUAAGUAAUUUAACAGUGUAGGGGUAAUAGUUUAGGAUCUUGAUGUAACAGCAAGCAAUUGGCUGAAUUCUUUAAUAAGCUAAAGCAUCAUACAUUAUACUUUAUUUAACUAUUUCUUCAGAAAUAUAAUACACAAUAUUUUCUGCAACACUUUGAUGAUUAUCUACAACUUUGAUAUGUUUCUAUGGUAUAUACGGUGCAUACUUUGUUUUUGUUGACUAGGCUAAUUGGCUAGAUAUCUUGUUAUCAACCUAGCUAUAAAUGAUGUAGGCCUAUAUGACAUGUUCUGACUCCAAAAUGAUGCAUUCUUAAAGAAUAUCCCUUUGCAGGUCUGCAGCUGAGACAGCCUGCAUAUUAUGUUAUCUAUACAUGACUUCAUUUUAUUAUCUUUAUCCCAAGAGCAUUUGUCAUGUGGUAUGGAUUUAAAUCUGUCUGCCGCAAAAUUGGAUUUUCAGAAUUAUAUUUACCGUAGCUUCCCUAAAUUUACUCUUUGGAGUAAUAACUCCUGUUUUAUUGCUAAAAGUAUUAAAUGCACAAGCUUGUUGGUUUUGCAUGUAAAACUCUGCUGUGCCUAAAGAGUCUGCUGUGAGUGCUGUGAGUCAUUUCCAGGUAGACUCAAGAAGAUGUUUAAUCAUCAAACACUAUAAAAUACCUGAAAAAUACAAAUCAAAUGGAUCUUACUCUCUCAUGAACUUCACAUGGAUUUUCUUGCAAAGUUUUAACUACAUUCUAAACUUCUGUAAAAUAGGGUAUUUACAAUCAGAGUAAAUCUGCAGAGAUAGAAUCAAUGUUUGCAUAUGAAUGUACCAUAGCCUCCUGUAGCUCAAUUGGUAGCGCGUGGCGCUUGCAAUGCCAGGGUUGUGGGUUCGAUUCCCACGGGUGGCCAGUAUGAAAAAUGUAUGCACUCACUAACUGUAAGUUGCUCUGGAUAAGAGCGUCUGCUAAAUGACUCAAAUAUAAAUGUACAAUAGCUCUGUGUUCAUACCUUAUUGACAACCCAGGUUAUUCAUCUGUUCUCUGUUUUGUACUCUCUGUCUUCCAGGUUUCUUAAGCACAGGGGACCAAGCUUCCAAGGGAAACUACGGACUCCUUGAUCUGAUCCAAGCCCUGCGCUGGACUAGCGAGAAUAUUGCUUUCUUUGGUGGUGACCCUUUACGAAUAACAGUUUUUGGAUCAGGGGCUGGCGCCUCCUGUGUCAACCUCCUGACCCUGUCCCAUUAUUCUGAAGGUAACCGUUGGAGCAAUUCAACCAAAGGUAUAAUGCAGAGGUUGCAACUUUUUACAAUUUUAGGUGUCGCAUGCCACCUGUGUGAUUUGAGUUUAUGAGAGUAUUUUGUUCUGGAAUGGCUGUAUACAUAGCUGCGGGAAGUAGGAGUGCUGAGGGUGCUGCAGCACCCCUUGAAACAUAAUAAUAAAAAUAAUAAUAAUUUUAAAAAAAAUAUAUAUAUAUAUAUAUACACUACCAGUCCAAAUACGGACCAAGUCCAUAUUAUGGCAAGAACAGCUCAAAUAAGCAAAGAGAAAUGACAGUCCAUCAUUACUUUAAGACAUGAAGGUCAGUCAAUACGGAACAUUUCAAGAACUUUUAAGUUUCUUCCAGUGCAGUCGCAAAAACCAUCAAGUGCUGUGAUGAAACUGGCUCUCAUGAGGACCGCCACAGGAAAGGAAGACCCAGAGUUACCUCUGCACCAGAGGAUAAGUUCAUUAGAGUUAGCCUCAGAAAUUGUAGCCCAAACAAAUGCUUCACAGAGUUCAAGUAACAGACACAUCUCAACAUCAACUGUUCAGAGGAGUCUGCGUGAAUCAGGCAUUCGUGGUCAAAUUGCUGCAAAGAAACCACUACUAAAGGACACCAAGAAGAAGAAGAGACUUGCUUGGGCCAAGAAAAAAUGGACAUUAGACCGUUGGAAAUCUGUCCUUUGGUCUGAUGAGUCAAAAUUUUAGAUUUUUGGUUCCAACCGCUGUGUCUUUGUGAGACGCAUAGUAGGUGAACAGAUGAUCUCUGCAUGUGUGGUUCCCACCGUGAAGCAUGGAGGAGGAGGUGUGAUGGUGUGGGGAGUGCUUUGCUGGUGACACUGUCUGUGAUUUAUUUAGAAUUCAAGGCACACUUAAACAGCAUGGCUAUAACAACAUUCUGCAGCGAUAUGCCAUCCCAUCUGGUUUGCGCUUAGUGGGACUAUCAUUUGUUUUUCAACAGGACAAUGACCCAACACACCUCCAGGCUGUGUAAGUGCUAUUUGACCAAGAAGGAGAAUGAUGGAGUGCUGCAUCAGAUGACCUGGCCUCCACAAUCACCCGACCUCAACUCAAUUGAGAUGGUUUGGGAUGAGUUGGACCUCAGAGUGAAGGAAAAGCAGCCAACAAGUGCUCAGCAUAUGUGGGUACUCCUUCAAGACUGUUGGAAAAGCAUUCCAGGUGAAGCUGGUUGAGAGAAUGACAAGAGUGUGCAAAGCUGUCAUCAAGGCAAAGGGUGGCUACUUUUAAGAAUAUAAAAUAUAAAAUAUAUUUGUUUAACAGUUUUAUGGUUACUACAUGAUUCCAUAUGUGUUUUUUCAUAGUUUUGAUGUCUUCACUAUUAUUCUCCAAUGUAGAAAUAGUAAAAAUAAAGAAAAACCCUUGAGUGAGUAGGUGUGUCCAAACUUUUGACUGGUACUGUAUAUAUUUUUUAUAAAAGUAGUGCACUGGGCCUUUACUAGUCCUGUAUUAGUGGACCGAUAUAGCCAUCUGCACCCCCCCGUCGGCGAAAGAAUCGCAGCACCCCCACCCACAAACAUCUUCCCAUGGCUAUUGCUGUAUAAGGUGCUUUUUAUUCUCUCUCUCUCUCUCUCUCUCUCUCUCUCUCUCUCUCUCUCUCUCUCUCUCUCUCUCUCUCAAAUGCAUACAUUUUAGUUGCCAUAGUCCACACCUUUCAUAUGCCUCUGCCUCACAACCACGAAGAACUAUGGAUGCUGCUGCUACCUUACUUUUCCCUUCCUUCCUAGCGGCUGGAUGGAUAUACAGUUGAAGUAGGAAGUUUACAUACACUUAGGUUGGAGUCAUUAAAACUUGUUUUUCAACCACUCCACAAAUUUCUUGUUAACAAACUAUAGUUUUGGCAAGUCGGUUAGGACAUCUACUUUGUGCAUGACACAAGUAAUUUUUCCAACAAUUGUUUACAGACAGAUUAUUUCACUUAUAAUUCACUGUAUCACAAUUCCAGUGGGUCAGAAGUUUACAUACACUAAGUUGACUGUGCCUUUAAACAGCUUGGAAAUUUCCAGAAAAUGAGUUUCAAUUGAAAAUUCAAAAUUUGAGUCAAUUGGAGGUGUAGCUGUGGAUGUAUUUCAAGGCCUACCUUCAAACUCAGUGCCUCUUUGCUUGACAUCAUGGGAAAAUCAAAAGAAAUCAGCCAAGACCUCAGAUUUUUUUUUUGUAGAACUCCACAAGUCUGGUUCAUCCUUGGGACCAAUUCCAAACACCUGAAGGUACCACGUUCAUCUGUACAAACAAUAGUUCACAAGUAUAAACACCAUGGGACCACGCAGCCAUCAUACCACUCAGGAAGGAGACGCGUUCUGUCUCCUAGAGAUGAACGUACUUUGGUGCGAAAAGUGCAAAUGAAUCCCAGAACAACAGCAAAGGACCUUGUGAAGAUGCUGGAGGAAACAGGUACAAAAGUAUCUAUAUCCACAGUAGAACAAGUCCUAUAUCGACAUAACCUGAAAGGCCGCUCAGCAAGGAAGAAGCCACUGCUCCAAAACCACCAUAAAAAAGCCAGACUACGGUUUGCAACUGCACAUGGGGACAAAUAUCAUACUUUUUGGAGCAAUGUCCUCUGGUCUGAUGAAACAAAAAUAGAACUGUUUGGCCAUAAUGACCAUCGUUAUGUUUGGAGGAAAAAUGGGGUUGCUUGCAAGCUGAAGAACACCAUCCCAAGCGUGAAGCACGGGGGUGGCAGCAUCAUGCUGUGGGGGUACUUUGCUGCAGGAGGGACUGGUGCACUUCACAAAAUAGAUAGCAUCAUGAGGAAGGAAAAUUAUGUGGAUAUAUUGAAGCAACAUCUCAAGACAUCAGUCAGGAAGUUAAAGCUUGGUCGCAAAUGGGUCUUCCAAAUGGACAAUGACCCCAAGCAUACUUCCAAAGUUGUGGCAAAAUGGUUUAAGGACAACAAAGUCAAGGUAUUGGAGUGGCCAUCACAAUGCCCUGACCUCAAUCCUAUAGAACAUUUGUGGGCAGAACUGAAAAAGCGUGUGCGAGCAAGGAAGCCUACAAACCUGACUCAGUUACACCAUCUCUGUCAGGAGGAAAGGGCCAACAUUCACCCAACUUAUUGUGGGAAGCCUGUGGAAGGCUACCCGAAACGUUUGACCCAAGUUAAACAAUUUAAAGAUAAUGCUACCAAAUACUAAUUGAGUGUAUGUAAACUUCUGACCCACUGGGAAUGUGAUGAAAUAAAUAAAAGCUGAAAUAAAUAAUUCUCUCUACUUUUAUUCUGACAUUUCACAUUCUUAAAAUAAAGUAGUGAUCCUAACUGACCUAAAACAGGGAAUUUUUACUAGGAUUAAAUGUCAGGAAUUGUGAAAAACUGAGUUUAAAUGAAUUUGGCUAAUGUGUAUGUAAACCUCCGACUUCAACUGUAUACUGUGAUACCAGGCUCAGUUGGCAUUUGUUUUUUGCCCUGUUUUUCUAGGACCUUAUAUUGUGUAAAACUCUUGAAGGAUUACUAACCCAGGGAGAAGGUUAAAGUUGACUAAAGCACUGACCAUAUAUAGGCUCUGAUGGUAUUCCAUACCAGAAUACCACACCCAGAUCCACUUUAUUUGGAGUGCAUCACUCUCUCACCACCUAAUCCACAUUCUUAGGGGAGCCCCAAUAAAUGUUAUCAUGUCAGUGUAUUGCUCCCUCUAAUCUUAUUGUCUUCAGAGAUUAAUUAAAUGCAAAAUUAUUAAUAUUCAUACUACAGCAUGAAACGCUAUUCAGACACAGUACGAUAAAUCCUGCUCCUACAACUUUGUCAUUUCCAUCUUUUUCUCAAUGUGUGGGUUGGAUCGAAAGAAAGAUUUCAUAUCAACAUGUUUGAAAAUUUGAUAAUUAAACCAAGUUUUCUUUGUUGUUAGAAAGAUAAAAAUACAUGUACAUUAAAAGACGUGAUUUCUUGUUUAUAAAACUUCAUCAGAAUUAAUAAAAAGCAUUGCACCUAUUGCAGUUUCCUCAAUAUUGAGCCCAUGGGUUGUCAUGGUAACACAUACUAUUUAUCUCUCUUUACCUCCCUCUCUUUCUCCAUCCCAUUGCUGAUCUUUCUGCAAUACAUGGUGUCUUCCUACCUGGCAUGUGUGAGGUGUAGUGUGUGUCAUGUGUAGUGACAUGGGUAGUUAAUCAUAAAAGCAGUAUUAUACUCUAUAGUAUAUAAUAGUAUGUAAUAUCAUGAUAAUUCCUAUGAUAUUGUGUAACAUGUUUGUCUACAAACCUUGGCAAACAAACCCUGAAAUAGCAGUCUGUCAGUUUGUAAAGCACUAAUCUCUGUUAACAAUGCAGAUGUCUGUCAAGACAAGAGACAAUGUAUCCCUCUGCUCUUCCAGGAAUUGCACAAUAAACUAAGCUAGACAAAUGGACUUUUACAUUUUCAAGGUUGUGAGAAGAGUUACGUCUAUUGCCAGCAUAUGUAAUCGCUCUUCAAGUGCACAUAACUCUACAAGUGCACAUUUAGAUUUUAGUGUGAGUACACAUCACGCUGUGUUUGGAUAUGUUUAGUAAUGACAUAGUUUCAGUGGUAUUUCCUCCUGAGAGGCAGGUCAUGUAGAGAGAGAGUAGAGAGUAGAGUAUUACUUUAUUAAUCCCAACUUGGGAAAUUGUUUUAUCACAGCAUGCAUCAUCAAUGACCUACAAUGACAGGACACGCAACAAUGACCAACACAUGAUAAAAAGAAAAAACAAACAUAUUAAGACACAUAAAGGCACAUGCACCAACCAUAGUUUUCUAUCAUACUCUGGGGGGAAACAGGCAACAACAUUUUCCAAUGUGAGUGAGUGUGAUGCAUUGUGAUUCUAUGAGGCGUUGUCUGACUCUGGUUGGCUUGUAUCUUGUCUCUCGGCAGGACUUUUCCAGAGAGCUAUAGCACAGAGUGGCACUGCGUUGUCCAGCUGGGCCGUCAGCUUCCAGCCUGCUAAGUACGCUCGCAUGUUGGCCAAGAAGGUGGGCUGUAACCUGAAAGACACAGUGGACCUGGUGGAGUGUCUGCAGAAGAAGCACUACAAGGAGCUGGUGGACCAGGACAUCCAGCCAGCCAGGUACCACAUCGCCUUCGGGCCUGUCAUAGACGGAGAUGUGAUCCCAGAUGACCCCCAGAUCCUCAUGGAGCAGGGCGAGUUCCUCAACUAUGACAUCAUGCUGGGCGUCAACCAGGGCGAGGGCCUGAAGUUCGUGGAGCUCAUCGUAGACAAUGACAACGGCGUCCAGGCCAAUGAUUUUGACUACGCCGUGUCCAGCUUCGUGGACGACCUGUACGGUUACCCGGAGGGAAAGGACAUUCUGCGGGAGACCAUAAAGUUUAUGUACACGGACUGGGCUGAUAAACACAACCCAGAGACCAGGAGGAAGACCCUACUAGCCCUGUUCACUGAUCACCAGUGGGUGGCUCCGGCCGUGGCCACAGCAGACCUCCACUCCAGCUUUGGGUCGCCAACGUACUUCUACGCCUUCUACCACCACUGCCAGACAGAGCAGGUGCCCCCCUGGGCAGACGCAGCCCACGGUGAUGAGAUCCCCUAUGUGUUUGGCCUGCCCAUGAUCGGUCCCACAGAACUGUUCCCCUGUAACUUCUCCAAGAACGACGUCAUGCUCAGCGCUGUGGUGAUGACCUACUGGACAAAUUUUGCCAAAACUGGGUAAGUGCAGUACUGAGACCUAUUUUAAGCUGUAAUGUGUUUAUGCAUGCGUGCAUGUGUGUGUGUGUGUGUGUGUGUGUGCGAGCAAGCUUGUGUGUGUGUGUGUGUGUUACAUUUUUGUCUAGUUAAAUAAUUGAAUACCAUUUUGUAUUUAAAAAAAAAGUUUUUAAAGAUUGGACAGCAUAGAAAAAAAAAUAAAAUUUCUUUUUUGAUUUGCCUUUAAGCAUGUAGUCAUGGAAGUAAUUGUUUUUUGGAGCAUAAUGGGGGACAAUGGCUUUUUCCCUCUGCAGCCAAAGAGCCCAAAGGGACCAUCGGGAUACUAAUGAUCUACAUAUAUAACAGUAAAUUGACAUAUAAAACAGGGCACCUAUGAGAUUUAUGCCUCCACUUUGCAUGGUUAAGCCAGCUCCAUAUGCCAUUCCCAGACAAUGGUGCUCGUUCUGCUGGAAUGAUCCUCCAUUCCUCAUGCUGUGUAGUGGUGCUUUGCUCAUACUAAGUUCCCUCUUUCCCUUGCAGUGACCCCAACCAGCCGGUCCCCCAGGAUACCAAGUUCAUCCACACCAAGCCUAACCGUUUCGAGGAGGUGGCGUGGACGCGCUACAAUCAGAAAGACCAGCUGUACCUCCACAUCGGCCUGAAACCCCGCAUUAAGGAGCACUACCGGGCCAACAAGGUCAACCUGUGGCUGGAGCUGGUACCCCACCUCCACAGCCUGAACGAGGUCACCCAGAUCAUCUCCACCACCACCAAGGUCCCCCCACCGGAGGUCACUCCCAGGACACCAAAGAAGAUCCCUGUCAACACCAAGAGGCCUAACCCUACGCCAUUCCCCACCGAGUCUCAGGACAGUCAGAAUCAGCCCUUCCUGGUGGACCAGAGGGACUACUCCACUGAACUAAGCGUCACCAUUGCUGUGGGUGCCUCGCUGCUCUUCCUCAACAUCCUGGCCUUCGCCGCCCUCUACUACAAGAAGGACAAGCGGCGGCACGACGUCCACCGGCGUUGCAGCCCCCAGCGCAACACGACCAACGACCUGGCGCACACACAGGAGGAGGAGAUCAUGUCCCUGCAGAUGAAGCACACAGACCUGGACCAUGAGUGCGACGCCAUGCACCCACACGAGGUAGUUCUGAGAACUGCCUGCCCGCCAGACUACACGCUAGCCAUGCGCCGCUCCCCCGACGACAUCCCCCUCAUGACCCCCAAUACCAUCACCAUGAUCCCCAACACCAUGCAGGGCCUCCAAUCCUUGCACAACUUCAACACCUUCCCCAGUAGUGGACAGAACAACACCCUGCCUCACACCCUGCCCCACCCACACUCACACUCCACCACCAGGGUAUAG